UCUCCCUGCUCUGUUCUUCAAAUCCUGCAGACCAGUGCUGUGCCCCAAAAAAAUGGACGUGUUGGAAGUUCCAGCCAACCGACAGAAAGGAUGGUACCUUUCUCUGAUGGCGCCCAACACGAAAGGACCUGCGUUUGCUUGGUUAGACCCGUCAAGACUUUACUGUAACCCUCAGGCUCUUGCAGACUGUGUGAAAGACCUCCUCAGUCCAUUUGACAGCGACACCAUUGACCUGGUUGCUGGGAUUGAUGCAAUGGGAUUUAUUCUUGGAGCGUCUGUUGCCAGCACUCUUGGAAAAGGCUUCCUGGCUAUUCGCAAAGCGGGUCAUCUAUGCGUGGCAACCCAGAGCCAGAACUACACAGACUACACAGGCAGAGAAAAGACUAUGGAAGUAAGACUGGAUGUACUAAAACCAGGUGUGAGGGUGUU